AUGGCUCCUAGGCCUAUCCUUGAGAUCAGCUUGUGUCUGGCAAGAGAUGUGUUUAACCUCCAUAACUGCUAUGAAGACCUCAAGCCCUCCUUUAAUGCCUCUGAAUUCUACAAGGCUACCCAUGAAGCCAACUUGGCUGAUUAUAAAAAACAGAAGGCAGAAUUGGAUGUUUUAGUUGCUGAUUACAAGGAGACCAAGUUCACUACUGACAAGCUAGAAAAACAUAUCGAGGAACUCCAGAAGUAG